UCUUAACACUAUUGUAGUCCUAUAAUAAUCGACCCUAACUUAAAACUCGGGCUUCGGGGGCUGCUAGCCAGGAUCCAUGAAAACGAGAAACUACAUAGACAUCAGGAUCUCCUUUCAUAGUUCAAAGAACUGAUGGAAAUCAAAGCCGCCCUUCUUGUUUUCACUGCGUCGAUUUCCGAACCUCGACAUGCUGUAGCACUUCCAAUCCCAGGAAAGCCCAACCGCAUUUCGAGCCACCGUUCGUUGGCCACCAUGGCAGAAGGGCCAACGAUGAUCUUUGGGCAAAAGAUGCUUUUCGCUAAAGCUGCCCUGAAAACCAUAACUGUUAUACUCGUCUCUAUUGUGACUGGGCCAUUUCGUGGCCAGAAAGGCGCAUCGACGCUAUGGAGACAUGUGCUGUAUCGCGCGCUGCGCGUUCAUCGAGACCCGAGCACGACUGUGGGUCAGAUACCUUUGGCGUCUACGGUCGACCAGUACGAAGCAUAUAUGAAGAGAAAAUCCAUGGACCCUGAUGUUGUGGAGUUUUCCAAUGGAGCUAAAGUAUGCUGGUUUGGCAGCUGGGCGGACGAGACUGUUGUACUAUGGUUACAUGGCGGCGCCUAUGUCAGCGCGGCUACUCCUGGCCACAUGACGCUCGUUGGGAGUUUGAUAGAAAAAGCGGCUUCCAAUAAAGCCAAGCUAAGUUGUUGUUUCCUACAAUACGACCUCGCGCCAGGUGCAGCGUACCCAACGCAGCUACUGCAAGCUGUCACUGCCCUGCAGUACUUGACUCAAGAAGCACAGAUACCACUUUCUCGAAUCGUCCUUGUCGGAGAUUCCGCUGGAGGCAAUCUGGCCCUUGGUCUAAUGUCACACCUAUCCCAUCCCCACACCUCGUUACCGAUCAUCAAUUCCCAAGAUAACUUCAAAGGGCUCCUGCUGAUCUCACCGUGGGUUUCUUUCGACCAAUCGGCGGCUUGUAUGGUGGAAAACGCCGACAAGGAUUACCUCGGUAAGGCGAGGUUGAAGCUAGCCUCCGACAAGUUCAUGGCGGGCGGAGAAGUAGAUUACUAUAACACACCUCUGGGAGCCGGCGCCGAUUGGUGGAGAGGAAUCCGGGCCCAGGACGUAUGCAUAUUGGCAGGAGAAGACGAGCUCUUUCGCGAUGACAUCCAGUCUUUCGUCGCCAGACUUUCUGUUCAUAAUGGGUCGAAGACAGCCACGUUGAUAGCAAGGGGCGAAGCGCAUGAUGCGCCCGUUCUCGAUGCUAACCUAGGUAUCUUCUCUGGACAACAGAAGAAGGCAAUGGAUCAGUGGGUACUAGCGCAUGCUGUUUGAGUAAUGUCAAUUAGCUGUGUAGUAUCAGAACCCCAGAGACGAUCUAGAGUAUGCCCCUAUCCUACAUGAGAGUCCACUGUUGAUCGUCGUCAUCUUGGCCAUGGUGUUCACCGUCCGUCUGUAAGACUAGUUUUCAGCAGUUCCUCCAAGAACCCCGGUGGUAGUGAUGCUUUGCCUUCAGAUUUAACUGAGUCUAUCUGCUGCGCAAGUUGACGAUCAUUUAUAGUGCCUAGCCAGUGAGUUUUCUGCAAUCGUACUUGUCAC